AUGAAAGCUAAUCGCUUUAUUAUUCAUAAUCCAACUAUUGAAUCAUAUCAAUUAGAAGAGUAUUAUAAUCAUUUCAAAAGAAUGGAAGAAAUUGAUAAAGAUAAAUUCAAUAUCUAUAAAAAUAUUGAAUCAAAUAAAAGUGCUACUAAUUCUAGAUUUUUAAUGCUUCAACAUACAUCCAAAUUUAAUAAAUAACAAUAAUAAAAUGCAUAAGAUAAAUUACAAAAAGUAUUUCUAUUCUCAAUUUUAUAAGUUAUUAGAUGAUAAAAUAGAAAGAAUCAAAGAAAGAGAAAAUCCAUAUGUCAAUAUCAAUAGAUUAAGAGGCAUCUCUUAAAUUGAUCUUAAGAGUCCUAAUAAUACUUUUAAUAGUUCCUUAGAAAAUAUGAAUUUAAUCAAAAAAUUACAAACACUCAAACCUAAUAUUUCCAAAAAGAGUCUUGAUUUACAAUAUGAAAAAUAAAGAGAAUAUGGUAAUAGAUUACGAAAAUUACCCAAACUUCCAGAUUUAGAUAAAAAAUCUUACUAUCUGUUCUGA